UUGAAACGCACAGUAUUCAGCCAUAAUGGAGCUCAGCACAGUUCUCUCACUUGUUCUAGUCCUGUUGGGCUACCUAUGGUGGAAGAUGUCUCGGCCAAAGUCCUUCCCUCCAGGUCCCCUGGCUCUGCCCCUCUUUGGAAAUAUAUUGCAGAUGGAUUUUUCUAAUCCUCUUAAAAAUAUGAAGGAGUUUUCUAAGGUGUACGGUCCUGUGUACAGUAUUUAUUUGGGUUCAACGCCAGCUGUAGUUGUUAGAGGUCUUAAAGCCAUUAAAGAUGUCCUGGUUAUGAGAGGUCACGAGUUUGCAGAUAGACCUCAGAACAGAAUAACACGUAUAGUGUCUGGUGAAAAAGGUUUGGUGGUGGCUCCUUAUGGCCGGGCAUGGAAAGAACACAGACGCUUCACCCUUUCCACACUACGGGAUUUUGGUCUUGGUAAAAAUUCCAUGGAGGAGAGGAUUACUGAGGAGUGUGUGUAUUUAAUAGAGGACUUCAAAAAGAACAAAGAUGACUUGUAUGACCCACAAAGUGUAAUUAAUAAUGCUGUAUCCAACAUCAUUUGUUCCAUUGUGUUUGGAAGACGUUAUGAGUAUGAUGACACCACAUUCUCACAAAUUCUUAAUCUUGUCAAUGAGCACAUGAAGAUGACAACAGGUUUUUGGGCCCAGCUGUACAAUGCUGUGGGAUUCGUCCAAUAUCUCCCCCUACCACACCGGAGAAUGUUUAGAAAUGUAAAGACUGUUUAUGCAUUCCUUGGAGAUGUCUUGGAGGAACACAGAAGAACGAGGGUAGUCGGAGAGCCCAGAGACUACAUAGACUGUUAUCUGGAAGAAUUGGACAAGGAGAGAAAGGAAAGUAACAAUAAACAGACAUUUGACAAUCAGAAUCUCUUUGCUUGCGUAGUGGAUCUGUUUGUGGCUGGAACGGAUACCACAUCUGCCAGCCUGCAAUGGGCUCUGCUGUAUAUGAUGACUUAUCCAGAUAUUCAAGAAAAGUGUCGCAAUGAAAUAGACAAAGUUCGGGGAGACAGAGCCCGGCUUGAUUAUGGCGAUCGAGUGAGCAUGCCGUACACACAGGCUGUCCUUCAAGAAGUACAGCGUUUUACAACCAUUGUACCACUUGGCGUAGCUCAUACAUCACAAAAUGAUAUAGAAUUGAAUGGAUUUUCUAUCCCUAAGGGAACUUUCAUUAUAACUGAUCUAUCUUCAUUGCACCGUGAUGAGACUUACUGGAAAUAUCCACAUGAGUUUAAUCCAAAGAACUUCUUGAAUGACGAUGGGGAGCUACUGAAAGCAGAAUCAUUCUUACCUUUCUCUGCAGGCCCGCGAAGUUGCAUUGGGGAAAAUCUCGCUCGGAUGGAAAUAUUCCUUUUUUUUACCACUCUCCUGACACACUUCGAAUUCCACUGGCCAGACCCCAAAUCUCCUCCAGAUCUCACACCAGUGUUUGGGAUCUCCCAGUCCCCGAAACGCUUUAAGAUGCGCUUAGUAUCACGUGACUAAAUCUGAUCAUAAAAAAAAGAAGAUGGACGAAUACGCACAACCAAAAACAUGCAUUUCUCCCAACAAAUCAGAGUGGAAAAAUUUAACUUUGGGAGAAAUAGAGCACACAGAACCAAUCACUACUUACUACUGUCAUAUUGCUAUCUUAUAAUAUUGUCAUUUUAUUUGACACGGGGCAUUGGACCGCUUUGUGCACACAGUCAUGUUUCCCACCGAACCUAGACUUGUAGGUUAUUAGAUCCUGCAAAAUGUGUUCUUUAUAGGAUUUGA